AAAGCCCACGGGACCCUCGCGCCGCCCCGGGCUGUGCCGGGCGCAGGCCCGCCGGGGGAGCUGCUGCGGAGGCUGCUCUCGGAGGAGGAUCUUUACCUGCCUUUCAGGAAAGUGCUUCCCCAGCUCGCCGCGCACACUCCCACCCCUCUCCCCUCUUUCUAGGCACCGCGCGGCUUUUUUCGGCGAAGUAACUUUUGCAUUCCCGCCUCCCCCGAGUCCUGGGGACCAGAGGCGGUGCCGAGCCUGGGGGCGGUUCCUUGGCAGCGUUGAUUCUUGUCAGAGCCAGACUUUUGCUCCUGGGCUUGCUUUGCAUCCUCCCCAUCACACCCUCAGGAGAGACGAGCCAGCCCCCUUUCAGCCGCAGCUUCCGGCUCAAAGCAGACCCCCUCCCCCCAUCCCAGGCCCGGUCCCCUUCUCCUGUCCCUCUGUCGGCCACAGCAUUUUUCUUAGUCCUCGCCCUCUACUCCGCAAUAUUUUCUUUCUUUCUCCUUCCUCCCCUCCAUUUGUUGUUUUAUGUUUCCCACUCUUUGAGGAAGGAUGGUUGAUUUGGAGAGCGAAGUCCCCCCUCUGCCUCCCAGGUACAGGUUUCGCGAUUUGCUGCUAGGGGACCAAGGAUGGCAAAACGACGACAGGGUACAAGUUGAAUUUUAUAUGAACGAAAACACAUUUAAAGAGAGACUAAAGUUAUUUUUUAUUAAAAACCAGAGAUCAAGUCUAAGAAUACGUCUGUUCAAUUUUUCUCUAAAAUUAUUAAGCUGUUUAUUAUACAUAAUCCGAGUGCUUCUCGAAAACCCUUCACAAGGAAAUGAAUGGUCUCAUAUCUUUUGGGUGAACAGAAGUCUACCUUUAUGGGGCUUACAGGUUUCAGUGGCAUUGAUAAGUCUAUUUGAAACAAUACUACUUGGUUAUCUCAGUUAUAAGGGAAACAUCUGGGAACAGAUUUUACGAAUACCCUUCAUCUUGGAAAUAAUUAAUGCCGUUCCCUUCAUUAUCUCAAUUUUCUGGCCUUCCUUAAGGAAUCUGUUUGUUCCAGUCUUUCUAAACUGUUGGCUUGCCAAACAUGCCUUGGAAAAUAUGAUUAAUGAUCUACACAGAGCCAUUCAGCGUACACAGUCUGCAAUGUUUAAUCAAGUUUUGAUUUUAAUAUCUACAUUACUAUGCCUUAUCUUCACCUGCAUUUGUGGAAUCCAGCAUCUGGAACGAAUAGGAAAGAAGCUCAAUCUCUUUGACUCUCUUUACUUCUGUAUUGUGACCUUUUCUACCGUGGGCUUCGGCGAUGUCACUCCCGAAACGUGGUCCUCCAAGCUCUUUGUCGUUGCAAUGAUCUGUGUUGCUCUUGUGGUUCUGCCUAUACAGUUUGAACAGCUGGCCUAUUUGUGGAUGGAGAGACAAAAGUCAGGUGGAAACUACAGUCGACACAGAGCUCAAACUGAAAAGCACGUUGUCCUGUGUGUCAGCUCACUGAAGAUUGAUUUGCUUAUGGACUUUUUAAAUGAAUUCUAUGCUCAUCCGAGACUACAGGAUUACUACGUGGUGAUUUUGUGUCCUACUGAAAUGGAUGUGCAGGUUCGAAGGGUACUACAGAUUCCAAUGUGGUCACAAAGAGUCAUCUACCUUCAAGGAUCAGCCCUGAAAGAUCAGGAUCUCUUGAGAGCUAAGAUGGAUGAUGCUGAGGCCUGUUUCAUUCUGAGCAGCCGUUGUGAAGUGGAUAGGACAUCAUCCGACCACCAAACAAUUUUGAGAGCAUGGGCUGUAAAAGAUUUUGCUCCAAAUUGUCCUCUGUAUGUCCAGAUAUUAAAGCCUGAAAAUAAAUUCCACAUCAAAUUCGCUGAUCAUGUUGUCUGUGAAGAAGAGUUUAAAUACGCCAUGUUAGCUUUAAACUGCAUAUGCCCAGCAACAUCUACCCUUAUUACACUACUGGUUCAUACCUCUAGAGGGCAAGAAGGCCAGCAGUCGCCAGAACAGUGGCAGAAGAUGUAUGGUAGAUGCUCUGGGAAUGAAGUGUACCACAUUGUUUUGGAAGAAAGUACAUUUUUUGCUGAAUAUGAAGGAAAAAGUUUUACAUAUGCCUCUUUCCAUGCACACAAAAAGUUUGGUGUCUGCUUGAUUGGUGUUAGGAGGGAAGAAAAUAAAAAUAUUUUGCUGAAUCCAGGUCCUCGAUACAUUAUGAAUGCUACAGAUAUAUGUUUUUAUAUUAAUAUUACCAAAGAAGAGAAUUCAGCAUUUAAAAACCAAGACCAGCAGAAAAAAAGCAAUGUCUCAAGGUCAUUUUAUCAUGGCCCUUCUAGAUUACCUGUACAUAGCAUAAUUGCCAGCAUGGGUACUGUGGCUAUAGACUUGCAAGACACGAGCUGUAGAUCAGCAAGUGGCCCUACCCUGUCUCUUCCCACAGAGGGAAGCAAAGAAAUCAGAAGACCUAGCAUCGCUCCUGUUUUAGAGGUUGCAGAUACAUCGUCAAUUCAAACCUGUGAUCUUCUAAGUGAUCAAUCAGAAGAUGAAACUACGCCAGAUGAAGAAAUUUCCUCAAACUUAGAAUAUGCUAAAGGCUAUCCACCUUACUCUCCAUAUAUAGGAAGUUCACCCACUUUUUGUCAUCUCCUUCAUGAGAAAGUGCCAUUUUGCUGCUUAAGACUAGACAAGAGUUGCCAGCAUAACUACUAUGAGGACGCAAAAGCCUAUGGAUUCAAAAAUAAACUCAUUAUAGUUGCAGCUGAAACAGCUGGAAAUGGAUUGUAUAAUUUUAUUGUUCCUCUCAGGGCAUAUUAUAGACCAAAGAAAGAACUUAAUCCCGUAGUACUGCUAUUGGAUAACCCCCUAGAUGAUUUACUCAGGUGUGGAGUGACUUUUGCUGCCAACAUGGUGGUUGUGGACAAGGAGAGCACCAUGAGUGCCGAGGAGGACUACAUGGCAGACGCCAAAACGAUUGUGAACGUGCAGACGCUUUUCAGGUUGUUUUCCAGUCUCAGUAUUAUCACAGAGCUUACUCACCCAGCCAACAUGAGAUUCAUGCAAUUCAGAGCCAAAGACUGUUACUCUCUUGCUCUUUCAAAACUGGAAAAGAAAGAACGAGAGAGGGGUUCCAACUUGGCCUUUAUGUUUCGACUGCCUUUUGCAGCUGGAAGAGUGUUUAGCAUCAGCAUGUUGGACACGCUUCUCUAUCAGUCAUUUGUGAAGGAUUAUAUGAUUUCUAUCACCAGACUCCUGUUGGGAUUGGACACCACACCAGGAUCGGGGUUUCUUUGUUCUAUGACAAUCACUGAGGAUGACUUAUGGAUAAGAACUUACGCCAGACUUUAUCAGAAGUUGUGUUCUUCUACUGGAGAUGUUCCCAUUGGGAUCUACAGGACUGAAUCUCAGAAACUUACUACAUCUGAGUCUCAAAUAUCUAUCAGUGUGGAAGAAUGGGAAGACACCAAAGAUUCCAAAGAACAAGGUCAUCACCGGAGCAACCACCGGAACUCCACCUCCAGCGACCAGUCAGACCAUCCCUUGCUGCGGAGAAAGAGCAUGCAGUGGGCCCGAAGGCUGAGCAGAAAAGGUCCCAAGCACUCCGGUAAAACUGCUGAGAAAAUCACCCAGCAGCGCCUGAACUUCUUCAGGAGGUCAGAAAGACAAGAGCUUGCUGAACUUGUGAAAAAUAGAAUGAAACACUUGGGGCUUUCUACAGUGGGCCAUGAUGAAAUGAAUGAUCAUCAAAGUACCCUCUCCUACAUCCUGAUUAAUCCCUCUCCAGAUACCAGACUGGAGCUGAAUGAUGUUGUAUACUUAAUCCGACCAGAUCCACUGGCAUACCUUCCAAACAGUGAACCCAGUCGGAAAAACAGCAUCUGCAAUGCCGCUGGUCCAGACUCUCGGGAAGAAACUCAGCUUUGAUAAAAGAAAAUAAGAGACGUUUUUUUCCUACAAGGAUGUUUCUUGGAACAACUCUAAGUCUUAGAGGAAAAAAAUGUUGCUGGAAUGAAAUAAACUAGAUUGGAAUAUAUUCAAUUCUCUCAUAUUUUAAAAAAUCCAUCCUCUUAGAAGUGUAGAUUAUUUUGAAAUUUAAAGUAUUGCUUAUUGGUACUCCUACUGAUAUAUAAAGACAUCAAUGGAAUGAUUUUGAAAACCCAAAUUAAAACACAAAAAUUUAAAGCUGAUAUUUAAUUGUUUGACAAUAAUCCAAACUGUGUGAAGCCAAUUUUUAAAAGUAUUAAGGUUUUAUGAAAGUAAAAUGAAAAUCCAGCUAUAUUUGGUGCAUCACAAUGGAUGUAGAAGAUUGUCGCCCCUCUUAAAAAUUAAAUGUGUCAUAUUAUAUUCUUUAAACUUGCUGUUUCAUAAAAUUGAGCUCAUCAUAAAUGUCUAGUCUUCUCUGAAUAGACAUUAACAAACUCCUGUGGCUGACUUUUGUGUAAGAAUCAUAGUUUGCUUUAGAAUAUAAAUCUUUAAGUCAUUUUAAUCUUUUUUGUUGCCUUUUCAUAUGACAUCAUAUUCAUUUUAGAGUUUGAGAUAUUCAUAGCAUGUUUUGUCAUACUGAAGACACCAAAACAAACAAAAAGAAAUAAGUACCUAAAUUUUUGCUAACUUUAUGUCUCACACACCUUGUACACCAAGAAAAGUGUACCAAAACAAAUAUUUGUUGUUCUCUUAAAAGAAUGCCUAACAGAGAAAAUACUUAAAACGCAUUGGUUGACAAAUUUAAUCCAAGAAUUGGAUCAUUAGCUGAAAUACGCAGUAAUGAUUUUCAAUAGAUUCUUGAGCUUUAAUAUUUUUCAUUUAUCUAUACAGUAUAUUUCAUAAGAAAGAUACUUUAAAAUUCAAAGAAGCAAAAUUAUACUUUUCAUGGGAUACAAAGACAUUUCAAAAUUUUAAAAGUCCUCCUUUGUGCCUUUAGUAUUGAAAUAAUCAUACGCAAAAAAAUAUGUUAAAAAAUUUGGAAAAUUUUGAAAAAUUAUCUAUGGGAGUUAUGUUUUAACACUGUGAGGGAAAAAGCGUAUGAUAAAAGUGGGUAGUUUUUGCCAUUUGAAUUUAAUAUAAAUCGUGCAGAAUCUGAUAGUUUUAAACUAAAUAUAAAUUGACCCUUGGUGACACCAAUGCUUUUAUCUGGAUUGUUUUAUUCCACUUCAAAAACAGACUGAAAAGCACGAGAGCAUAGCUUGCCAGGUAGGUGGAAUGUGUAAAGCUAUUGCCAUGAAAGAGACAUUGGUAAACUUAAAACGAUAUUUUUCUUCUAAAUUUUAAUUUUUUUAAUUUCUGAAUUUGACAUUGAAUUUUCAUUCAACAGAAAAUAGGACAUAUAAGACUAGAAAGAGACAUUUUUUUAUCCUUUCUUUUAAUAAAGAGGCAGAUAAAUUGAAAGGAAAGUAGAAGGAUUAGAAAAACAUA